CAACAGUUUUAAUUUGAAUACAACAGUUUGAUUCGUAAACAAUGUCUUUCAUCACACGGGAAUACAAGUUCGAGACCAGCAGCAAUAUGAUGCAGCGAAAAUCAGAUCAGCAUACAAUGGCCAUGCUCAGCCUGAAGAAACUCGUCAAACCACUGCUGCGGCUAAUCAAGAAGAAGCAGCUCAUACGCAAAACUCUGGCUGAAGUUCAAUCGCAGAACGAAAUCAACUCAUCACUGGAGGACAUGCGCAAAGACUCCGUUGCGAGCUGUGACAACAAUGCAAACGAGCAACUGGAGCAGCGACUCUUCAAUGACCUCCGCCAGUGUCCCAACAAUGUUGCAAUGAUCGUGCAACAGGGUGAACAACAUCGCGUUGUUCCCGUGCAACCCGAUCAGACCUUCAUUCCGGUGCACUUUGCACGCACGAGCAGUGGAACCUUCUUCUGGACCACAGCCGACGGAACGUGCCAGCAACAACAACAGCAAGAGCUCCAGAUGCGAGAGAGAUUUGACCGCUGGGUCCAGGCCUAAUCAACAAUCCAACGGGGUCAAAAUUGAUGUCAGCUUUAAUGCCAAGUCUUACCAACUCCGGCCUAUUUUCGGAGAAGGCGAUGCAAAUGGCACGAACGCAAUCUCAGGGUGAUAUUAGGGUAUAGUUGCUUCUCCGGUUCAGCGCUGGAAACCAACUCCAAUUUAACACAUCUAAUAAUAUGCUUGUACAUUAUUGUGAUUUUCAAAUAGCUUUUAUUUUCUAAGUUUAGAAUUACGAAAAUCAUUGUCUUCCAUGUUUGUUUGUUAGGUUAAUUUUAUGCUAAGAAUCAUUGUCUUCCAUGUAAAAUAGCUAUAAGAUAAAUAAAU